AUAUUCUCUCCCUGCAGUCUAGCCCUUCCUUUUGGCUUCAUCACUUCCCUCAAUUUUAUUUAUUUAUUUAUUUAUUUUUCUGAAAUAGUAUACUCUAGAAGUAACUUAUCAAUUGGUUAUUGGAAGGCCAACAAUUUCAAAUGUCCUGUUUCUGCUAAACUUCACCCUUUCAUUAUUAUCUGAAUCUCUUCCAUGGAGAAACUGUCUUUCUCCAAAUUCUCUUCAUCCCCAUCUUCUGCUGUUCCUCCUCCAUUUGUAGUAUCUCCUUAUUUAUCUUUAUGUAAAGCUAGAAGAAGGGUUUCUUUCACUCUUAGUAACCCUAAGAAAUUCUCAGUUUUUGCUUCUAAAAGUGGCCCUAAUGAUGAUGAUAAACUCAAUCAAUGGGACCUUAUGGAGCUCAAGUUUGGCCAAAUGUUGGGUGAAGAUCCUAAACUCACUUUAGCUAAGAUUAUGGGAAGGAAAGCGAACCCAGAUGCUUCUUAUAUUGAUAUUGAAAAGAACUUCUAUAAAAAUAUUGGGAAAUUAGUGGAGGUGAAAGAGCUCCCAUUUGAUGUCCCUGAGAAGCAGGGGUCAACGAAAAUGGGAAACGGAUUGAAUUUGGUGAAACCAGUGCCCAAGAAAGGGAUAAAAGUAGGUGGUGGUGGUGGUGAGGAAAAUUCUAAAUUGCCUGAGAUAAAAAGGCCUAAUGAGUUAUUUAGGAAUAAGGUGAGUGGUGCUACUAAGUCUAAUGUUCCGAAUGUUAUUUUGCGAAAACCAAGUGUAUUUGAUGAGAAAGAUGAUGAAAUGAAUAAUUCCUCGAGGUUGAAGAUUAAGCCAAAUUUGUCAUUGUCGAUGAGGACUGAACCGGUAAAGGAGCAAUUUAGUGGGAUGACUUUGUUGAAGAAGCCUCAGGUGAGUGUGGAGAAGGAAAAUAGUGAUCAAAAUAAAAACACUUUGAUGGAUGGAUCAAUGGGUAGUGGACUAGUGAACAAACCAGCAAACACAUUCCACUCUGACUCGAGUUCUGAUGAAGCAACGCUGUUGGAGAAACCCAUGCCUCAGAAUACUGAAGGCAUUGAAAACAAUUUUUUGGUUAACGAAAUGGACAAUAUGAUGGAGGAUUAUAUUGAAGGAUCUCUUGAAUCAGAAGGUGAUUUGGUUUUAGAGCAAGAUGGACGAGGGGAGAUCUUGGUGACAGAAAUGCAGCUCUCUGAGCAAACUGGUGCCAGUGAUACAGGGAAUGAGAAUGGACUGAAUGAAUCCUCAAAUGCAAGAGAAACUGCUUCUGAGUUCUCUGUUGAGUCUGUUCUCCUAGGAAAACCUCGAAGAUUAGACCCAUCUGUAAAAGAAGUGUCAUCAUACACAACUAAAGAGAGAACCACUUCUGCAUAUCCUGUAAGCUUUAAGGAUGGAGGCGUGCAAGAACAGCCUCACUCACAGCCUCUGAAGGAAUCGGAAGAGACUGCAUGGACACAAGUGGAGAAACUUUUCAAUGUUGGAGAUAGGGUGGAAGUGGAAUUAAUUAGUUGUAGCACAAGAGGAUUUGUGGUAUCCUUCAGAUCAUUGAUAGGAUUUUUGCCAUACCGUAACCUGGCAGCAAAGUGGAAGUUUCUAGCAUUUGAGUCAUGGUUGAGAAAGAAUGGUUUAGAUCCAUCCAAGUAUAGGCAACAUUUAGGCAUUAUCGGAAAUGAAGAGGUUUCUAGCAAGACCACUUCUCUUGAGUCAUCACCCGUUCUAGACGAUGGUGUAGAAGAAAAGUCUGAAAUUUCAGCAGAUAUGGAACUAGAAGGCCUUUUGAAAAUAUAUGACCAAGAGAAAAUACAGUAUCUAUCAUCAUAUGUUGGUCAGCUUAUCAGAGUAAACAUUUUUUUGGCCGAUAAGAAGUCCAGAAAGCUUAUAUUUUCUAUGAGGCCAAAGGAAAAGGAAGAAUCUAUUGAGAGAAAAAGAAGUCUAAUGGCAAAGCUUAGUGUUGGAGACGUCGUGAAAUGCUGCAUAAAAAAGAUAACAUAUUUUGGUAUUUUUGUUGAGGUUGAAGGAGUACCAGCUCUAAUACAUCAGACAGAAGUUUCAUGGGAUGGCACAUUGGACCCUUCAUCUUACCUAAAAAUUGGCCAGAUAGUGGAAGCUAAAGUUCACCAGUUAGAUUUUGCACUUGAGCGCAUUUUCUUGUCCCUAAAAGAGAUUACUCCAGAUCCACUAAAUGAGGCAUUAGAAUGCAUUGUUGGAAGCAAUGGCUGCAGUGGGACAUCAAAUGUUGCACAAGAGGACACAGAGUGGGCUGAGGUGGAUUCACUUGUUGAAGAACUGCAAGCAAUCGAUGGCGUUGAGACUGUUACCAAGGGCCGUUUUUUCUUGAGCCCUGGUUUGGCGCCCACAUUUCAGGUUUACAUGGCAUCUAUGUUCGAGAAUCAGUACAAAUUACUGGCUCGAUCUGGAAACAAAGUUCAAGAGUUGAUGGUUGAAGCGUCACUGGAUAAGGAAGACAUGAAAUCGGUAAUACUCAAAUGUACUAACAGAGUUGACAUCUAAUUUUGAUCCUUUCCAGAUUUUGCAUAAUGUUAUGUACAUUCUCUACCCACUUCAAUGCUUCACUUUCACUCCCCCUUAGCUUGUAUUUUUUUUUUUUUAUUAAUUUUAUUUU